GUAAAAAAUAUUUCAUUCUGGGGAGGGGGGAUGGCUUUCCUACAGUAAUAACCACCAUCUUGAAUAGAACACUGAAGCACACUGGUAAUCAGUGCAACUCAUGAAAUAAGAGUUUCACAUGAGCAUGCCAAGGCACUGCCUGUGCUGCUGAAUACUUAACUGAAGCUUUUGUGUGGUACUCAAGGACAGCCUCAUGCAGAGCGAUUACAAGACAGACAUCAGUGGUGGGUUGCUACCAGUUUGGUCUGGAUCUUGCGAACCAGUAGUAACCAGACAUCAUCAUGGACGAUCUGCACAUGCAAAGGCAAGUGGAAUCCACCCAAUUGACAUGCGUACCUACAUGUUUCCAAUUUCCACCCAGCAAACAUCACCAAAUCAAUCAUCUAUACACAGGGUCCAACCUAAAACUAACUUUGUUGAAAUUCAUUUGAAAGAGAUGCUCAACUGACAGAUUUGCACCAGGAGUUCAGGAGACCUAACUACCUAUCCACCCAAUAAUCAAUAGCACUGGUCAUAGCUCAAGCCACUCAAGCACACAAUUAGCAAAUUAUAGCCCAAACUGAAUAAUGACGCUGCAUUUUCUUAGGUACUAGAUGGUAAGCCCAUACUUGCAGACAAACACACAAACUGAAGCAGAUUCUCACAAGCAACAAUAGGAUGAUUCUAACAUGGAAAUCAUACUCUACAGCAAAACUCUAUUUCGUUUGCCCCAUUGUUUACCCAACAGCAACACUGCAGUUCCCAACAAGUACACAGACAAGAUUAGAAGAAUGUACAAGGGAUCUCAGAGACUAUGUUAGAAAAGCAGGACUUUAUCAGGCCAUUUUAGUGAUUUUUAAAAAUUAGUUAAAUAAUGAAUGUUUAUACUUUGUAAUAUGUGUUUUUAUAUUGUGGGUUUGUGUAGGGGUUAAAGGUCAUGGUAUCAGGUUGUGUGCAGCACACUGCUGUGCCUCAGAUGCCAGGCCUCAGAUGCCUGCAUCAUCUCAUUCUGGCUCUGGUCUGCAUUAUCUCACCUUGCCUUCACCAUCAGGAUAUUGCGGAACAUUGCCUCUGGUUGGUAUCUUAAGGGGGGCGAGAAGAAUCUACCAAUAAAAAUGCUGUUGUUGGUUUGCCUUUUUUCUGCUUGUAAAAACUGUAUAAAAGAAAUAAACACUGCAAAGGCAGUCAGACAUCUUUGCACCUUGCAAAUGACUGGACCCUGAUUUCUACAGGUUUGAUUGUUGUACAUUGCCCAGAGCCACUUCUGAUAAGAUGAGUGGCUGUAUAAAUUUGAUUAAUAAAUUCAGCAAAAAAGGUUGUAGAACUUAAAUACAUCAAAAGAUUUCAGGCAAUCUCAGGUCUCAACAAAGGCAAUGGGUUUUAAAUUGAUAAAGUAGUGUCUUCUCUCUCCCAUGUAACCUGCAUAAUUCAACCUAUCUUCCAUAUGCUGUCCUAGCCUUCUCCCAAAUAACCCCAAUUUAGAUCCUACAUUAAUCUAUCAAUUCUGUGCAUCUGAUAAAGUGAAUUACAGUACACCUUUUAAUAACAUUUGUUAGGCCAAAGAGAUACUAGCAGAAUCUUGAUUUACUGACCCAAUCAGUCAGUGAUGUAUGGAGAGAAGAAAACUUUAACUGACAUAGCAAAAUAAUGUGAACCGGUUCCAAAAGAAUCAACAGCUCUGAUCUUUCCACCAAGAUGAAGCUUUGCAAAUAUAUGAAAAGCUGCUUUAAUAUCAGGGUUUGUUUCCGAUACGGCUAUGGUAAACUGAACCAAAAGUUCAUUUGCUUAUUGUCCCAUCCUUGGUUUACGGGAUGGGCAUGGUUGUAGGGAAUCAAGGCCAAACUGCCUCGGAUUUCACAUGUACAUAUGCAGUCUCACCAGAAGUGUAGCCUCCCCACUCUCCCUCGGAGUUAUUCUAGGGGCAGAGCAUAGGAAUUGUUGGAAGAAAAAUCCGGUCUGGUUCCAAUCCGGGAGAAAGAUGCUGGAAAUAAAAUGGAGACAGGCUGCAAGGAAAGAAGUUUUCUAUUUAUUUAGUUGCCAGUAACUUUAGUGAUAGAAGCAGGUUUCUGGGGUGGCUGACAAAUUACCGUGGUGAGUGCAAGGAUUUUUAUACAGUUAACAGUAUUUUGUAAUUUUGAGGUGUGCUUUUAUUAUUUGACUGGUUUUACUUGUCUCGCAAAGGCUCAUGGUGGGUCUUAAGUAUCAGCUUCCCUGCAUGUGUAAUUGAUUUUAUCCUGUUAUCCUUGGUCUGUCUAUUGCCUCUAGCAUGCCUUUCUUAAUGGAUCAGCACCGUUGAAUCAUUGUUUCUCAACGACUGGAAUAAUCAAGUUCAUGUUUGCAACAUUGUUUCUCUUUCACAGCUUGAGCUCAGAUCUGGCUGUUUGCCUGCAGCUAUUUUCUAUUAGAGGAAGAAUGGAGAGGGUGUUCUUUUACCUUUAGCUGUUUCUGUAUUUCUUUUCCUUGUUUUGAGUUUUAUUCUAGCGAUUUUGGGGCAUGCUCAAAAGGAUUGGGAUACCACAGAACGAAUGCUGUGUUCCAGGUGCCCUUUUGCAGUUCAUGGAUCCAGGAAAUCAAACAAGAUUGAAUUUGAAAUCCCAAACUUCCCUCGCCUUAAAUUCACGCUAGGCAUACAUUCCACAAGUAACGAUGAUAAAUGUUUAGUCUAUAAAUACCAGACCAGUACUGUACAUUUAUUUUAAAGUAAGCUAUGGCAGCUGUGGAGUGUGUGGAAUAGGGAAAGAACACUGUGGACUCCGAAGUAUAACAUAAAAGGCUAUAGCGUCAACUGGUCUUCAGCUGAUCGUUCCAAGAACCUUGCUAAGCAUAGGAAUGGCUCAAAGGAAUUUUUCAAAGCAAGCUUUCCUGCAGUUGAAACACAAGCGCAUACAAAAGCACGCAUACAAACAUUUCGAUUUUAGGUUUCCGCUGGAACUUCCGGUGGUUCCUCGGAAAUUGAGUUGAAUUCUGGGAAUUCUGGGAGUUGAAGUCCACCAGUUUUUUAAAGGGCCGUAGUUCCCUACUCUUGUAAUCUACGCUAAUAAAUUUGCUUUCCAUGUGCCACGAGCGUCUUUGCUUCCAGUACAAUAAAAAACCUAACAGUUUUCCCUCCUAGGCCCUACCUAUACGCUGUCGCGAGGAGGGGGCUUCAAGCCUUCUAGUUGCCUGUCCCACUUCUACAUUUUCAUGAUACAUGGUGAGAAAUUACGCAGGUGAGAUUUUUCUUCCGAACCCGGCCAUCUCCCAGUUAGUGAAACGCAAAGGUGCUUUUCAAAAGGCAACUGGACUUUUUUCACUGAAGAAACUUCUUGGAUGAGAAGCGAAACGUUUUCAAGGAAAAACCCCAAAAAAGUCCAGUUGCCUUUGAAAAAGCACCUUGGGGGCAGUCAUGACCUGGUUAACUGAGAAUCUCCACAGACAUUUAGUGAAGCGUUAGCGAGCAUUAAAAAGCUUUCUCGAGAAAAAUGAAAACCCAGGCAUGCAAGUAAGUGGAAAAGAUGUGCGUUCGGACUUUUUAAAGAGAGAAUUAUGCUUUGAAUAAAACGUAAAAACAACAAAGACUUCCGCUGUUCUUCACGCAAUAUGUUAAUUCCUCAGUAUUUCCAUUUAAAGGAAGCCGUCUAUCAACUGCAAAGUAGAACCUGAAGUUAACGCCAAGAACCAAAUACUCAACACGCUAGGUUUCUCCCGGUGCUUUUUCCGGAAGUCUCCUUCUCAGGAAAUGCGGUUGCCUCACCCUAGUUCCGAGGGUCAUUUUGUUCCGGGCUGUAAACUGUGAAUCGCGGCUUGGUCGACGUGGUCACUUUUGUUUUGCUUUCCUGCCGUCAGUAUGAUUCCCCUGCCCGUGGUGGUCUGCGUGCUGGGGGGUUGGUGCGCCAUAUACAUAACCGACACGGUACUGAAGUCAUCUUCUCUGAAAGAGCCUUAUGAGGAAUGGCUUGUAUCCUAUGGACUGUCAGUCUCUCCAUUCCAUGUGCGAUGGCAGACAGCUUUUUUCAACCGCCUUUUCUACACCUUUGGAAGAUGGAAGCCAAGAUUUCUUUAUCUCUGGUUUAACAUAGGGAUGGUUUUUGGCAUAGCAGCUAUGUUUGGUUCUGUGGUUCUGCUUGGGAAGACAUUGACGCAGACUCUGUCACAGAUGUUAAUUGAAAACCCUGCACAUCAAAGUGACCAAAUGCUGCAGGUUGUGGUACCUGGUGUAAACCUUCCCAUCAGCCAGCUGUCCUAUUUCUUCACAGCAAUCCUCAUCAGUGGUAUUAUACAUGAAGUUGGUCAUGGAGUGGCAGCUAUUAGAGAGCAAGUUCGGUUUAAUGGCUUUGGAAUUUUUAUAUUUAUUGUCUAUCCUGGAGCAUUUGUUGACCUAUUCACUACUCACUUACAACUAAUAUCUCCCAUUCAGCAGCUAAGAAUAUUUUGUGCAGGUGUCUGGCAUAACUUUGUGCUUGGUGUUGCGGGUCUUGUAUUUCUCUUCUUUCUACCUGGUAUUCUUUACCCAUUUUAUUACACUGGUGCAGGAGCACUUGUUACUGAAGUCACUCAGGAUUCUCCUGCUAAUGGUCCUAGAGGUCUUUUUGUUGGUGACCUUGUCACCAGUCUGCAAGAUUGCUCAGUUUAUAAUGUAGAAGACUGGAAUGCCUGCCUGGGAAAGAUCUAUCAGAAGCCACAAAACGGCUAUUGCAUAAAAUCAUCAAUACUACAGCAACUAAGCUUCUCAACUAGAGGUUUUAAAAGACUUGAUGGCACUGUUGAAUGUUGUAACAACAAUAGCCUCUCAGAUAUCUGCUUUUCAUACAGUAAUAAUUUGAACAGCCAUAUGACCCUGUAUGCUUGUUUGCCAGCACGGAAAACUAUUGAGACUAGUCUGCUCUGCCAAACAAACAAAGAUUGCCCAAAGGAUUUUAUCCCAAAUAAGUGUGUGACGCCUUCCUUGGAAAAUUACACCAGGCUCAUAAGGGUGAAGCAUCCUCCUCAAAUUGAUAUGCUGUUUGUUGGUCACCAACUGCAUCUCCAAUAUACAGUGAGCCUCAGCAGCUUUGUACCUCGAUACAGCUUUCUGAGUUUGGACCUUCCUUUAAUAAUGGAAACAUUUUGCUCGCUAAGCCCGAAAUUGUGUCAGCUAGCAACUGACUCUGUCUGCCCGCAAACCAUCUCAUCGGUGAGCAACUCAAUCUGCCUGCCUCCAAUUCAGUAAGUAACCGGGUGGGGGGCCUUUAAAAAUAGUUAAUUCGGUUUUUUUAAAGGAUUUUUUUAGACAGCAAUUUAAAGUUAAGGAAGUUUUAAAUUUAGCUGCUUUUAUCUAAAAAAUAUAAAUAAAAUAAAAUAAUAAAAUAAAAUAUUUGUGCAACUUUCUGAGAUUUGGCGUGUUUCUGUAGUGUUUCACUCUAACUACACAAACACAAAAUUUCACAAAGCUGUAUGUGGCAUUUUGUGUGUGUGUGUGAGUCAGUUGUGUUGUGUGUAUGUAAAGUUGGUUUUUGAGCUUUUUGUGGCUGUGUGAGGCUCCUGCUUGUUGCAGGGGCCAUUUUGGGUGAGGUGCAGCUGCUUUUACAUUGUGUGUGAGUCAGUUGUGUUGUGUGUGUGUGUGUAAAGUGUGAAAGUUGGUUUUUUGUAUCUCUUAUUGUUUUGUGUAUUUUGUUUAUUAUUUUUAUUAUUUAUAGUUAUUGGCCAUGCCCACCCAGUCACCUGACCAUCAAGCCAUGCCCACCAAUUAAGCCACACCCGCAGAACCAGUAGGGAAAAUUUUUAGAUUUCACCCCUGGUGUAUUACUUGGAAUCCUGACAUUACACUAAUAUCAAAGAAAUAGUGGAAUAAAAUCAUUAAAGAAAUGAUGACAAAGGAGGGACAAAAUGAAAUGUUAGUGACAAAAAUUAAAAUAAUGUUUUAAUUAUUUUAAAUAAUUAAAUUGAAUUGUUGAAUUGUCCUGUGGUGAGUUGGCCCAUGGUGAGUUGGCCAUUGGAAGUUGUCCUGCAGCAAACUGACUAUGACAAGAUGGCCAUGGCAAGUUGGCCACAGUGAGUUGGCUGCAGUGAGUUGUCCCAUCCCGUUCUCUGAAUACUCUGUUACUGUAGCCACUAUUCCUGAUGAUUGAGUAUGGGCAGAAAGAAAAAGAUGGUGUAGCUUCCCAAUCAGGCCCUUCUUUUUCUGACUUAAAUUGGCUGGAAUUUUAGUAAGAAAAUCUGCCACUGGUGAUAUUACCACCAUUCUAAGAUUCUUGUCACAGCUGGUGCUGUCAUUGCUUGGCUGCUUUUGUGCUUCUAGGGGUUGGGUAUUGCUGUUGGCUUCUGCCUUUAAUGUUAUUUGUUUCCUCUUGAUUUCCUCCUACCAUCCUGGAACUCUUUAGCAUCUUCUUAUCUUAGAUUUUCACAUAUAUACUUCUUUCCCCUGAGUUUAGGUCAAGGUAACCAGAUCCUCAACAGGAUGCAGGUAGGAAAAAGAAAUUCAGCACAUUUAUCAGCCUGCAGCUAUCUUCCCUACUGAACUUAGCUAAUUUUGAAGAAUCUAAGUAGGUCAAGUCUAACUAGUACUGGAAAGGAUAGUGUAGAAAAUCCUAGCAGCAAAUAAAAUCUUAGAAGAAGAAUAAAAAACUAUCCCACCCAAAAAAACCCAUCAUAUUCAUAUAGUCAUUCAUAUUCAUAUAGAGAUUAGCUUGACUUAAGAUAAUCUUACUUUAUCUUCUACACCAACAAUUGUUUUAGAAGCACAGUAUAACAUUUUAAAAACCAACACUGAAAAUUAUCAAAAAUGAAAUUUGUUAGGUUUAUGCAAACUAAAUAUAUUUAUGGUAACUUUAAUUUUUUUUAUUAUGCUAUAAUAAUAAUUGUUUGCAAGGAGUGGAGUCCAAUUUAGUGUAUCAUACAACAUAAAUUUUUAAAAUGUUUUUAAUUUUGUAACUUUGUUUUAUUUGGCUGUAAACCACCCUGAGUCCUUCGGGAGAAUAUAAGAUAUAAAUUAAAUUAAAUUAAAUUAAAUUAAAUUAAAUUAAAUUAAAUUAAAUUAAAUUAAAUAAAUAAAUAAAUAAAUAAAUAAAUAAAUAAAUAAAUAAAUAAACAAACAAACAAACAAACAAACAAACAAACAAACAUAUGACAUCUUGAAAACAAGCAAUUACAAAGAAGACGUCAUGAUAAUAGAAAUAUCCUGGUAUCAGUAAACUAAUUCACAUAUGUGUAAAAAAAAUUAUCCCAGUUCAGGUUAUAAAAAACUCAAUUCCUUGAUUAUUUGUAAUUCAGAAUAUCACUUUAUAGUCUUAUUUGAGAGUUUUUGUAUUUAAGAAUACUAAUAUUGAUCAACAAAAAUAUGAACUAUAAAUGUUUUGUUUUUUCAGUUCUGCCAAUUUUGAUCACUUUCAGUUAUACUUUUGGUUUGGAAAAAAACAAAAAGGCUAUUCUAAUACAGAGUUUCUUACUCUGUCAUCUUGGAUCUUGGAUAAUUUUGUCCAGAAAUUGUAUGCCUUAUGUAUUGUGUCUGUGAAUUUUCUCUGUUAUCAUCAUUAUCAUGAUUGUUAUCAUUAACUGUAGAUCGUCAUUGGCAAUCCUUCUUGCCAGGUGUCUAAUUGUCUUUUCAUCACCACAUGACUUCUCAUAUGCAGACUGGUUUACUUGGUAGUAGAACUGCAAAGCCUCUCUUGAAAAGAAUUAAUAGGAUAGAGAAAGAUGCCCCCUUGUUCCAGCAAAAAAAUAUUAAAGAUAAGAAUUUUACUGGUUAUCUCUGAAUCGGUAGCAAUUAUCCCUGGUGGUCUCGCCCAUGCCUGCCCAAUCGCCUGAUCGCCUGCUUGCCCACUCGCUAUUUCCUUCCGGCUCACUUGCUGCUACCUUCUGGCUCACUCGCCACUUCCUGACACUCAGCUCAGAGCUUCCGACCCACCCACCCCACCCCCGGCCUAUAUAAGUUCCUCUUUGCCAUAUGUCCAAGCUACUUGCUUCGCCAAUACCUGCCUGCUCAGAUGCCUCGCUCAGAUGCCUUGCCGACGGCCACUCACUCAAAAAGGUAAGCAUUGCUGGUUGCAGCUUAGUGUGCACCCCCCACAAAAAAUAUCCCCAGCCUCAUGUAGUUUGCACAGCCUCUGGGGAUCGGUUGCACGUUAUGUCCUAGGAGUACCACCACCACCCCCAAUCCCCAGACUUGCAUAGCUCACACAGCCUCUGGGGAUCGGUUGUGGGCCUCAUGCCACCCCCUCCCCCAGGUCAACCAGUUCGCCUGUCUGGCCUGGCUAAGCUGCCUAGCUAACUACCCACCUUCCCCCUAGCCUCCAGCUUGCUUACCUUAGCUCUUUGGACCAAAUCCUGAGUUGCUGAUCGCAAUGCCUGCCUUGCUUUGCCUGCUGCAAUGUGGCAGCGUCUGAAAACCUACGGCCUAGUAUGGUUUCCAGGCCUGACAACGUACUUGCUCUAUCCAAUCAGCUAAUGACGGUAUAGGUGGUUUCUCUCCAGGCAGCUCCGGGAUUGGUACAAAGUCCUGGCCAGAGGCAACUUUAAAAGGAGUGAAUCCCGUACUGCUAUGGAUAGAAUUGUUGUAGGCAACCUCUGCGAAAGGCAGUUGGUCCGCCCAGUUGUCUUGUUGAUAAUUUAUGUAACACCUGAUAUAUUGUUCCAACCGAAUUUGUUCUUUCACAAGCCUCAUUAGUUUGAGGAUGAUGGGAGGAGCUUAAUCCUUGGGUGGAGCAUUCGUUCGAGAGGGCUAAAAACCAAGCAUCAGUUUUCAGUGCUUCUUUUAACAGUUCAAUCAGAUCACCAGGUAUGGCCGCAUCUUUUUUUGCUUGGCUUCGGGUGACCGCUGGGGCUGCCAGCUGCUUCACAGGAACAAGGGGAUGAAUCACUUCCAUCCAAGCACUAUCAUAUUGAGGUAAUCUUGACAGAGCAUCUGCUAAAAAGUUCUUUCCUCCCGGGAGGUAACGUAGGAAAAAAUUAAAAUGGUUAAAAUGUUGGGCCCACCAAACUUGCUUUGGUGACAAUUUCCUGGGCAUUUUUAGGGUUUCUAAAUUUUUGUGAUCAGUCCACACCUCAAAAGGGUGCUUGGCCCCUUCCAGAAAUUGCCUCCACAUUAAGAGGGCCCAGCAAAUAGCAAACGCUUCCUUUUCCCAUAUGGCCUGCCGUCUUUCAGUGUCCAACAAUUUUUGAGAAGUAUAUGCGCACGGUUGUAGCUUCCCUUCAGAAUUGGCUUGAAGCAGGACCGCUCCUAUGGCAACAUCACUGGCAUCCGCCAUAAUGACAAAUGGGGUAUCCAUAUCUGGGUGCUUAAGGAUCGGUUCGGCAGCAAACAGUCAUCUCAGCUUUUCAAAAGCUGCCUGACAUUCCAUAGUCCAUUCGAGAGGCCAGGAUGGUUUUGGCUUCAGUUCUCCUUUCGUUUUCAAUAGAUUGGUAAUUGAUAAAGCAAUUUUUGGAAACGAUGGGAUGAAUUGUCUGUAGAAAUUCGCAAAUCCCAAGAAAUACUGUAACUGUUUGCGGGUACAUGGAGGUGCCCAUCCCAGUACUGCCUGGACCUUCUCUGGAUCCAUUUCUAGGCCUUCAGGUGAUAUGCGAUACCCCAAAUAGUCAAUUUGGGUCUGAUGGAAAUCACAUUUGGACAAUUUAGCAUACAGUUCAGCGGCCCUAAGUUUUUUGAGGACCGCUCUCACCAGUUUCAUGUGUUCAUCCAUGGUCUCCAUGUAAAUGAGAAUGUCAUCGAGGUAAACCAGGACCCCUUUGAACAAGUGCUCAUGGAGUACUUCGUUGAUCAGCUGCAUGAAAACUGUGGGGGGCCCUUUCAAUCCGAAAGGGAGCACUCAGAACUGGAAACAACCCAGGGGACAGUUGAACGCAAGUUUUCCAUUUGUCCCCUUCCUUAAUAACCACUCUAUAGGAAGCCCCCCACAAGUCCAGUUUAGUAAAGAUCUUCCCUUUGGACAGAUUAAUUAAUUAAUUAAUUUAUUUAGAUUUUUAUACCGCCCUUCUCCCAAAUUCCCGGUCAAGGAAGGGGCGCAACUGGCAGACCAGGCGCACCUGGUAAAAAGCUCUCCUGGAGACGGCUGCCAAAUGAUCUUCAAAUGACAGCCGUCCAUCCAGGAGAACACCCAAGUUGCGCACCCUUUCCAUUGGGGCCAAUGACUCGCCCCCAACAGUCAGCUGCGGUUGCAGCUGACUGUACCGGGGUGCCGGCAUCCACAGCCACUCCGUCUUGGAGGGAAACAAACCACUCCGUCUUGGAGGGAAACAUGUCUUUCAUGAGUGGUAACAGGUAAAUGUUCUCCACGCAUAUGGUAUUCAGAUUUUUAUAGUCCACCACCAGGCGAAACGACCCAUUCUUCUUCUCUCUAAACCAGGGGUCCCCAACCUUUGGGACCUCAGGGACCACUAAAUUCUUAAUGUGGACCACUAAUAUGAUCUGACUAAAGAACGGCUGGGUGGGCAUGGCUAGGUGGGCGUGGCCAAUUCGAUGUCACUCACAUCGAGGGGUGCCUCACUGGCCUCUACUCACCCCUCCCCUCCCAGCCAUUCCUUGCCUGCCCACCCAGGCUCUUUAGGGUCCCAACAGGAAGCAGUUAUUGGAGCUAAGCAGCCACCAUGAGAAAGAGUUGCCAAAACAGCUGGCUCAGUUCAGAUUGGAUCUGACUGAGAAGGAGGCUUAGCAGAAGCUCCUCACUGAGGACUACGAGCAUAGGCUUUCCAAGCAGAGGGAAGACCUGUGGGAGUGCAAGACCAGGUAGCAGUGCCUGGAGGCUCAGCGGGCUGAGAUGGUCAGCCAGUUCCAAGCCAUGAGACAGUUCCACUGGAACAAGGCCCUCCAGCUCUUUGCCACCAGUGGCACUUCCCUCCAGCCUUCACCCAAAGCCCUGCACCAGGAGGCUGAAGCAGACCCCAAGUCAGAAUUUCUGCCCCCCUGACCAGCACAAGAAGACCCCAAAGGGGGAGACUCUCUGCAGCAACACAAACAUUCAUUGCAGGUUGCCAGUUGGAUGAAGCCAUGUUUUAGGUUUCUAUCAAUGAAAUUCUGUAGCUCCUCCAGUUCCCUGGGGGUCAUGUGGUAGGAUUUCGGUUUCGGAAGUUUUACUCCCAGAAGGAUUUCUAUGCUACAGUCCAUAGGCCUAUGUGAGGCAGCACAUCAGAGGCCUUUUCACUAACCUCCCAAAGGUCCCAGUAUUCUUUAGGAAUUCUUUCUUCUCCUGCCAGGUGCUCCAUCACAGCCGCAGCCACUUUGCCCGGCGGGUUGGCCACACUGUCAGGGGUCUCCCUCUCUAUCCGGUGCUGAGCAUUCCCAUCCUCCAAUAUAUUCACGGGUUCCAUUUCCGGAGCCACGGCAACCCCAGCAGGAGGGGUCAGUCCAUGCCCAGGGGAACAAUGAAGCUCAGGGUCUCUUGGUGAUCACCCAUGAUUAUCUCUAUUGGUUCGGUUAUGAAUUGUGAGGGACCUCCCCCUGCUACUGACCCGUCUAACUGGCAAAAUGCGAUGGGUCUGCUCAAAGUUUUCAGUCUUAAGCCCAUCUUUUCCACAAUUUCGGGGCUGAUAACACACCUAGUGCACCCCAAAUCCAGAAGGGCUAGCAUCCUCCUAUGGGCCCCAGUAGAAGGGACUUGUAGUUCCACUGGGAUGGUCAAGGGUCCCCCCUCUGACUUACCAGGAGGUCCUCAUCGGAAUCAGUUUUGGAUCCGCUGAUAUCGGUGCUGGUUGGAGUUCCCAACUCCCCUUGUUCUGGGAGAGCAAACUCGACAACUUCUGCUCCUUUCAGGGCGACCUCAUGAGGCUUGGUGGGCGGUUUAUCAGCUCUCUUCCCACCACUAGGGGUCACCUUGGAUCCAAGCUUUGCAACCCAUUCAGCAGCAUAGUGACCUUCUUUUCCACAUCUGAAGCACGCCGUGGAUCUCGGCUUCGAGCUAGCAGGUCCCCCAGUGCCUUUCGGAGCUCCCUUGUAGGGCAGGGAAGGAGCCUUGCUCUAAGUGCAUCCACCACGGAUGCAAUCUCUAGCCAGGUCAAUCUCCACAUCUGCAUACCAACCCUGCAGGUCACGCAGCACCCCACGCGAGCGGCAGUCCUUAUAGACAUCUUCGUUGAGGCCAUCUUUGUAGUUUUCCAGCAGAGCUACUUCUGAACCAUCCGGUUAUGUAAGGCACUAGCUCGUGAAAUUCCUGGGUAUACUCUGCCGCCAACCUCCUACCCUGUUGGAUAGAUUUCAUCCAGAUUCAGGCCCUUCGCUCUGCUAGGGGGUCCUCAAAUUGUGCUCUGAGGCCUGCCAUAAACUCAUCAUAAUUUCUUAGCAAAUGGGGAAUCUUCAUUGUGAAGGGACACCAUCCAAUCAGAUGCCACCCCUUCAAAAAUUCUGGUCACGCAUCUCACCUGGACUGCGUUGGAAAGAAAAUCCUCUCCCCAAUCUUGCAUGUGAUUCCAUACUUGAGCUACGAAGCACCCAAGCCCCUUUGGGAUCCCCACCGUAUUUUCCAGGCAAGGGGGGAAUUUUGAGCCUUUUCUGCCUUCGUGGCAAUGCCUGCCCAGCAGGGAGGCCUGGCCCACAGUGGAUACUAGGGGCCCCGGGGUCUGGGCUGCGUCUUCCCGGCCUCCAGCUUUCUCUUCCGAGCAAGUAGCAGCUUCAGCUCACCCCUGGCCACGUUCAUCUUCUCCCCUUCCAGAGAAUCCCUAGGCAGGCAAUUCAUACCUUUCAUGAGCUCUUUGAUUCUCCGAGGCUUCUCUCAGCAGCUGUACUGCUUGAGUGAUCAGGACGUCUUCUUUCUGUUCUUCCUGCCAGGCAAGCGUUCCUCCUCGGCACCUGGUUACUGUCACACCAGGAGGGACCUCUCCCGGCUCCAGCAGCCUCCCGACUCCCAACGACCAUCUGGGCCUCUCCAGCUUUUCUUCAAGCUGUAAUUUAGCCAGCCAUUCCAAAGCAUUCCAGCCGGGCUGUGUCUGAGGGAGAGACGAUCCAGCAGCUCCCCUAUCUUCCUGGUCACUGCUUUUGUCAGACAUUCUUUUCUCAAACCCCACGGUGUGGUUCCUGGAUGGCUGAAGAUGGAGAGCUUGCUUAAUGUCAGGAAUGCCUCCUUUCAAUACUCAAAAAAGAAAAAACCCAACUCCAUGGUUUGUAGAGAAAAGUACUUUUACUGAGUAUGAACUGAAAGCAAACAAAGUGAAAGCAAGCUCUGAGGUAAUUGGUGUGGAAUUCAGAUAUAAGAAAUAAGCCUCAAGCCCCCCCCACCCCGGUAGUCCAGUCAGUCUUGUCCAAUCCACGUUCCCCUUAGGUGCCACGUGGGGUACAUCUUCAGAUGGUUUCAUCCCUCUGGUAUGCCCGGGCUGUUAGCUGUGCGUGUUAUCAGCCCGCCUUCUAACUAUGAACACAUUUGAAGAAAACUAUUCAUUUUAAAGUUUCAUUUCUCUUCCAACCUCCACUCUCUCCUCCCCCACCCCGUUACCAUGACAGCCAUAGCAAGCUAGACCUCAAUCAGAAGAUAUAUUACCCACCUCAAUAAACUAAUUAACUCCUAGCAAUAAAGCAGUAUCUUGUAGCGAACAGAGGCUGACAUAGAGCCAGAAAGAGCUAAAAAACCAGCUAUUACACUUUGCACACAAAACACACUUUACACACAAAACAAAGUAAUGUUGCUUUUGUGUUGUAUUUGUGUAAAGUGUAAAAGUUGGUUUUUGAGCUCUUUGUGGCUCUGUGAGGUUCCUGCUUGCUGCAGGGGCCAUUUUGUGUGAAGUCCUGCUGUUUUUGGAUUGUGUGUGAGUCAGUUGUGUUGCUUUUGUGUUGUGUGUGUAUAAAGUAUGAAGGUCAGUUUUUGAGCUCUGUUUUUUUUUCAGAAAAAGUUUUUUAUUUUUAUUUUUAAUAAACAUAUUUAAAUGUAAAUGUAUAGUCUCUUAUCAUUAUCAUUAAUCAUUAUUCAUUCAUCUUAUCUUUUAACUUUCAUUUGUUAAUUGUUUGGGCCUGUUCUUUUACCAUUUCCUUUCUUUGUUUUAACACAACCUUUCCUUUUCCUCUUCCCUUCUCUUUCUUCUUCUAUCUCUUUCUAUUUUUCCCAUUCCUCCUCUCCUUCCCUUUUCUACUUCCUCUCCUCUUUCCCCACUUCUCUCUUCUUCCUCCCUUUCUAACCCUCUCUCCUAUUCUUCUUUCCCCUUCCUUCUUCCUCCCCUUUUCCCUCUCUUUUUUCCUUCUCUCUCCUUCUCUCCCUAUUCCCCUCCUUCCCUCUCUCUACUCCGCUCUCCUUUUCCACUUCCUUGUUGUUUCCAUUUUCAAUUCAAUCUAAGAUGGUAUCCAAGCAGCCCUGAUUUCUAUUUACAUAAUCUUUAUUUCAAAUUCUUUUUUGCUUUAUAAUUACAUGUCUUCUAUCAUUCCUCUACAAUCCAUGUAUCAUCCGGGUACAACAUUUUUGUGCCAUCAUCUUCAACAUUUAUCAUCUUCUUAAUACAUACAUUAUAUAUCUUUCCUCUUUCAUUUAAUUUUAAUAUACUACAACAUAUUCUUACCCAAAUUCUUAUUUUUACCAUAUUUAUUUAUCUAUACUCACUUUCUAUCCAUUGAUAAAAUUUCUCCUAUAUGUUGUAAUACUCCGACUCUUCUUUCCCUUUAGAAUAGAAUAGAAUAGAAUUUUAUUGGCCAAGUGUGAUUGGACACACAAGGAAUUUGUCUUGGUGCAUAUGCUCUCAGUGUACAUAAAAGAAAAGAUACGUUCAUCAAGGUACAACAUUUACAACACAAUUGAUGAUCAAUAUAUCAAUAUAAAUCAUAAGGAUUGCCAGCAACAAGUUAUAGUCAUACAGUCAUAAGUGGAAAGAGAUUGGCAAUGGGAACUAUGAAACGAUUAAUAGUAGUGCAGAUUCAGUAAAUAGUCUGACAGUGUUGAGGGAAUUAUUUGUUUAGCAGAGUGAUGGCCUUCGGGAAAAAACUGUUCUUGUGUCUAGUUGUUCUGGUGUGCAGUGCU